AUGACUGGUGCAGUAGUGAUUUUCUGCACUGAAGCUGGGUGCCAGCAGGAGUUAUUGUUUGUUAGGUUCAACUCCAGCCACGGAUUCCCAGUGGAGGUUGAUUCAGAUGCCAGCAUCCUUCAGCUGAAGGAGGUGGUUGCCCAGCGACAGGGAGUUCCAGCUGACCAGCUGCGGGUGAUUUUUGCAGGGCGGGAGCUCAGCAAUGACUUGACUCUGCAGAACUGUGACCUGGUGCAGCAGAGUAUCGUUCAUAUUGUUCAGAGUCCACAGAAGAACAGUCAGACCACAGAUGAGAUAGAAGAUAACUGUGCUGGGGCUAUUCUAAAAAACUUGGAAAGAGAACCAGGAAGCCUAACACGCAUAGAUCUCAGUACCAGCAUCCUCCCAUCACACUCUGCAGGAUUGGCUGUUAUUCUGGAUGCUACAAAAACCAGCACUACUCUUCCCUCUGAAAAAUCAGGUACAGCCAGUCACAACAGUUUUUAUGUUUUCUGCAAAAAUUUCUGCCACGCUGUGAAACCUGGGAAACUGAGGGUCCGCUGCAGUUUGUGUAAACAAGGAGCACUGACAUUGGCAAGGGGUCCAUCUUGCUGGGAUGAUGUGCUGAUUCCCAACAGAAUAAGAGGUGCUUGCCAGUCCCAAAGAUGCAAUGGAAACACAGCGGAGUUUUACUUUAAAUGUGGAGCACACCCAACCACUGACAGUGAAACAUCUGUGGCUCUGAACCUCAUUACAACAAACACUCGCUGUAUCACAUGUAUAACAUGCACAGAUGUUAGGAGUCCUGUGCUGGUGUUCCAGUGUGUGCACCGCCACGUCAUCUGCCUCGACUGCUUCCAUUUGUACUGUGUGACUAUGCUGAAUGACCGUCGCUUCAUCCAUGAUCCAGAGCUUGGCUACUCCCUCCCUUGCGUAGCUGGUUGUCCAGACUCCUUGAUUAAAGAGCUUCAUCACUUCAGAAUUCUGGGAGAAGAACAGUACAACCGCUACCAGCGCUAUGGGGCUGAAGAAUGUGUGCUGCAGAUGGGAGGAGUGCUGUGUCCAACUCCCGGCUGUGGAGCGGGUUUGCUGCCUGAACCAGGAGUGAGGAAAAUUGUAUGUGAACCAGGCAAUGGAAUAGGCUGUGGGUUUGUGUUCUGCCAUGAAUGUAAAGAAGAAUACCAUGAAGGGGAAUGCAGCUCUCUUCUCAGCCCACAGGCAGCCAAGGCCCAGAAGGGAUACCUUGUUGAUGAACAGGCAGCCAUGCAAGCUCGAUGGGAAGAGGCGUCUAGAGAAACAAUCAAGAAGACAACUAAGCCGUGCCCGAACUGCAAUGUUCCAGUAGAAAAAAAUGGUGGCUGCAUGCAUAUGAAGUGUCCUCGGCCUCAGUGCAGAUUUGAAUGGUGCUGGAAUUGUGGCCUGGAGUGGAACAGAACCUGUAUGGGAAAUCACUGGUUUGAAUAG